AUGUUGGUCCUCACAGAAACAUCCGUCGGCUUCGUCGUCUUCAAGCUCUCCAGCGACGCCAAGAUAGACAACAAGGACCUCUGGAAGGAGUUUGAGACCCCCGAGGGCGCCAACAAGGCCCUCAAGGUCCAGGCUAUCCAACGAUUCACUUCCACUGCCUCGGCCGUUGAGGACCUCGCUGCUGUUCAGGAGGGUCGACUUACCGACUUGCUCUCCAAGUUCAUCCAGGAGGCCGUCGCCGGAGGGGAGGAUGGCGAGAAGAAGAAGAAGAAGAAGAAGGUGGAGGAGAUGCUUGUGGUUUCUGAGGCCAAGCUUGCCGGUACCAUCAACAAGACCCUCUCCAUCCCCGUCCUCUCCGACUCUUCCACCCAGGACCUCUACCGAGGUAUCCGCCAGCAACUCGCCUCCCUCCUCGGUGGCGUCGACCAAAAAGACCUCAACACCAUGUCCCUCGGUCUCGGUCACUCUCUCUCUCGAUUCAAGCUCAAAUUCUCCACCGACAAGGUCGACACCAUGGUCAUCCAGGCUAUCGCUUUGCUGGACGAUCUGGACAAGGAGAUCAACAUCUACGCGAUGAGGGUGAAGGAGUGGUACGGUUGGCAUUUCCCCGAGAUGGCCAAGAUCAUUGUCGACAACAUUGCCUAUGCGCGAGUCAUCAAGGCUAUGGGCUUCCGAACCAACGCCGUCCACACCGACUUCUCCACCCUCCUCCCCGAAGAGCUCGAAGCCACCCUCAAACAGGCCGCCGAGCUCUCCAUGGGUACCGAGAUCGCCGACUCUGAUCUCGCGCACAUCAACCAGCUCUCCGACCAGGUCAUCUCCAUCUCCGAGUACCGAACCCAGCUCUCUGAAUACCUCCGCAACCGAAUGCAGGCUAUCGCUCCCAACCUUACUGCUCUUGUCGGCGAGCUGGUGGGCGCUAGACUGAUCUCCCACGCGGGCAGUUUGAUGAACCUCGCCAAGCACCCGGCAUCUACCGUCCAGAUUCUCGGUGCUGAGAAGGCUUUGUUCCGAGCGCUCAAGACCAAGCAUGACACCCCCAAGUACGGUCUCAUCUACCACGCCUCUUUGAUCGGACAAGCUCCCCAAAAGCUCAAGGGUAAAAUGGCCCGUAUGGUCGCCACCAAAGCCGCCCUCUCCAUCCGCGUCGAUGCCCUCUCCGACUCCGACUCCCGCUCCGAAGCCGCCGCCGCCGAAGUCGGUAUCGCCAACCGCGUCAAGCUCGAGUCUCGUCUCCGCGCGCUCGAACACCAAGCCGGUAUCGUCUCCACACGCCGCGUCACCGCUGGUUCCGCCAGGCAACAACCCAGGUUUGAGCUUAACGGCGCUGCGGGCGGUUCUUACAAUGCGGCUUCGGAUAACCCUACCAACCCUGCCGACUUGCUGCCUACUCAGCCCUCACCUGCUCCUGCCGCUGCUGCGGCUUCGCCCGAGAAGAAGGAGAAGAAGGAAAAGAAGGACAAGAAGAGGAAGAGUUUGGCGGCGGAGGAGGUUGGGGAUGUGACUAUGGACGGUGAUGAGGUUGCUGGUGAGACCAAGGAGGAGAGAAGAGCGAGGAAAGAGGCGAAGAAGGCUGCCAAGGCUGCGAAGAAGGAAGGCAAGGAGGAUGGCGAAGGCGAGAAAAAGUCCAAGAAGAGACGCGCGAGCGAGGCUGCGCCUGCUGAAGGGGGUGAUGCCGACGGCGAGAAGAAGAAGAAGAAGAAGAAGAAGGACGAGUAA